ACAGGUUACCAUUAUACCAACCAGCAGCCACCACGCAUCACAGAACACCCGGUAGAUACGACAGUGGCACGCCACGACCCGGUGACAUUAAACUGUCAGGCAACCGGCGAUCCUGAGCCUACAAUAACUUGGUACAAGGAUGGUCAUCUAGUAAGGACCGCGCCGCAGGAUGCUAGGUCGCAUAGGGUCUUAUUACCUGCGGGAAAUUUGUUUUUCCUAAAGGUGGUGCAGAGCAGGAAGGAGUCCGACGGGGGCGUCUACUAUUGCGAAGCUAGUAAUGUUUUGGGGAAAGUCAGAAGUAGAAAUGCAACCCUCACAGUAGCCGUACUAAGGGAAGAUUUUCGCUUGGAACCGCAGACUUCUAGAGUAGCUGCUGGAGAAGACAUCAUUUUAGAAUGUGGUCCUCCACGAGGAACUCCGGAGCCUCAAGUGUUGUGGCGAAAAGAUGGUCAAAUAUUGGAGUAUGAUAAAAGAGUUAGGUUGGUGGAUGGAUUCAAUUUGGCAAUUACCGAAUCCAGACCUUCAGAUGGGGGUAGAUAUCAGUGUGUGGCCAAGAAUGUGGCUGGGAUCAGAGAAUCUUCGGUAGCGAUACUUAAAGUUUACGUAAAACCGUUUCUCAUACGUCCCCCUGAAAACAUAACUGCGCUGGUUGAUACAACCGUGGAGUUUUCCUGCUCGGUUGGAGGAGAUCCUUUGCCGGACGUCAUGUGGCGUCGUAAUGCGUCUGGGGGAACGAUGCCAUUAGGGCGCGUUAGAGUCCUCGAAGACAGAAGUCUUCGCCUUGAAAGAAUAACGGUCCAGGACGAAGGACGUUACACGUGCGAGGCAGAUAAUCCAGCAGGUGCCCUAACAACUUCCGCUUAUCUUACCGUCCUUUCCAUGCCUUACUUCGUCCAAAAACCUCUCGCUCAGACCGCCGAGGUCGGUCAGAAAGUCACGUUCCAUUGCAGUGCGAUAGGUAGUCCGAAACCAUUUAUAUUUUGGUCGUUCGAAGGCGAUCGUGCCUUAGUAUUUCCCGGUAAUCCUACGGAACACUACGAGGCUAUGACUUCGGAUGACGGGAAGUCGGUGUUGAUGUUAAGAAACGCGCAACUUCAAAAUUCCGGUACCGUUGUCGUUUGUUCGGCGAUAAAUCUAGUGGGCUCGGUGUCCGCGAGGACUAGAUUGACAAUAACGUCAAAAGACGAUCGACCUCCGCCUGUUAUAAGUCGAGGGCCAUCUAAUCAGACGUUACCCAUAGACUCUGAGGCGAAUUUUUACUGUGAAGCUACGGGAAAUCCAGAUCCAGUUGUGUCGUGGUACAAAGAUGGAGUUCCCGUAAGACCUACGGAACGAAUAGACAUGUCCAAACCCAAAUUUCUUGUGAUAAAUAGUCUGAAGAAAGAAGAUUCUGGAACUUACACAUGCGUAGCGUCAUCUAGAAGCGGAAAAGCGACUUGGAGCGGUCAUCUUCUCGUCGAUAAUCCGAAGAACCCAAACAUCAACUUCUUCAAAGCCCCAGAACCUGUGACGUUACCAGGUCCACCCAGCAGGCCACACGUGCUCAAUCAAUCCGAAGACAGUGUGACCAUUACAUGGGCUCGAAACAACAAAAUUGGAUCUUCCAGCCUCAUUGGAUUUCAAGUAGAGCUUUUCGGGAGGGAAGAAAAUGUAACGCCCACCUGGACGAUUGUGGGAAGACGAGUCCUGGGCCCGGUCUUCACUCAGCACCUCCUCACUCCAGGAAUACCUUACACGUUUCUUGUACGUGCCGAAAAUGCUCACGGACUUGGUCCGCCAUCCCAGUUAUCUGAACCAGUAGUGGUUGGGUCAGAAUCGGGACUGAACUGGGGAAGUCCAGAAGUGACUGUGCUUAGUGAAGCACGGGCUGUAUUAGUUUCGGGGAAUGUGGUCAAAUUGACUGACGCUAUACCCACAUCCUCGACCACCAUCAAGUUAAUGUGGGAAAUACUGGACGCCGAAUUCGUCGAGGGUUUAUACAUUUACUACGUGUUUUUGAACGAGGAAUUUUUCGAAAAGAGUACGUACAGUAUGCUAACCGUCUUGCAUAGUGGUGGCAGCACUGCGUUCAGCGUGAGCAACUUGGAAAAAUGGGCCAAAUAUCAAUUCUUCAUCAUGCCUUUCUAUAAAAAUAUCGACGGGGCUCCAUCCAAUUCCAAAACAGUACGAACUCUCGAAGAUGUUCCCACAGAACCCCCAUCUCACAUGGAAGCCCUUUUACUUAAUUCUACCGCUGUCCAUUUGAAAUGGAAGAGUCCUCCGGCUAUGUCUAUCAAUGGUCAACUAACUGGUUAUAAAGUCGAACUGAAAUCCAACAAAUCCAAUGGUACUCCUGAUGUAAUUUCGGUUGGAAGUAAACCUUCACUACUAUUAACCAAUCUUACUUCAGGAGUAUCAUAUAAUGUUAGGAUAGCUGCAGUAACAAGGAUAGGUACCGGUCCAUACUCAGUUCCAGCGCUCCUCAGGUUAGAUCCAGCGUCUAGAAUUCCCGAUCACCACUAUCACAGGCCAAUAGGCACGGAGAUGCAAACAGGAGACUUUAUAACCGAAACGUGGUUCAUGGUUCUCCUUAUUAGUAUGGUAGGUGUUAUGGUUCUAUUGUUCGGUGCGAUGUUAUUGGUCAGGCGACGUCAAAUAUUGGCCAAAAAGUCCUUGGCCCCAAGUAGAUCAAACGGGGCGGUUCUUUCGACUCCUUUGGCAGUCAAACAGGAAGUUCCUCUUUGGCUGGACAAAGAUAUCCUUCCUGAAUACUCACUCAACACUCUUCCAAAUUACCAAAAAAAAGAUUUCGAAAGAAACGGCGGCUUUUCUUUACAAAACGGCAACGGCAACAUCAUUUCGAAUCCAAUGGACAGCAACGAUCUGACCAAAAAGGACAACUACGACUGUGAUCCAAACAAGAGUUAUUCGGGUAGCAAGCAGGGAUAUUCGGACAAGUACAGGAUGUAUAAUGGAAAAAUUCUAAAGGACUACAACAACAUGCAGGUCCAGGACUACGCCAGUCCCAACAUUUAUUCUGAGUCGAGGGGGUCGCAGGUGGCGGAUUAUGCGGAAGUCGACGCAAAUAUGGUGGGACACAGGGGUGACUUGAACUCUCCAGCACCUUAUGCAUCCACCACAAUUGUUUCCAAGUCGAGGAAGUUGGGUUGGUCAUUAAAAAUGCGUACACCGAGCCCUGACGAGCCACUUUACCCCGCCCUCAAUGGGGGUUACUACAACCGCAGCGUGUACUCGGACUCGUACUUCCCCGUAACGCAAACUCUUAGAAGAAAUAAAAGAAAAUUGGCUAGUAGCGGCAGCAACAUCCCCCCCGACUUGGUGUCACCUAGUCAGCCAGUGUACGCUCGUGUCGGUCCCCCCACUACCACCGCCACCAAUUGGGGGGAAUAUGGGAGCAGCUCCGUCUCCCCCAAUCUUACCAGCUUUGUUUCUGCAAAACAACAGCACAGCAAUAUGUAUCACGCAUCAACACGCAGUGAACCGGGAAAUAUGUUGUGAACUUUGACAUCAUAGCAGGUUUGAAGAGACAAGGAUUGGUGUAUUGUUUUUAUUUUCCAGCCGUAGGUCGGUAAGUGAUUCAUUUGUUUUUAUUUUUUUUUUCUGUUAUUUAAACCCACAAACGAUAAAACAAAUGAGAAAAACGUUUUAUAAUGGUUUUUGUUUUUAUUAUUGUCAAAAUUUAAAUGUCAUCGAAAAUAUUAACAAGAUUGGGAAAUUGUUUCAUAAAUAAUCCGUAAUGCUCAAAACUACUACGUGAUCAACUGCAUUUAUUUAUAACAAAGUAUGAAAUAAAUUUAAAAUAA